AUGACGUACUCCUUUCGGAGCGACAACUGUGACACGGAUCACUCCCGAGAUGCUGUAGCAAAUUCAGACGCCAACCGAAGACGCAUUACACCUCCAGGUAUACAGCGUAUGAAAGCCACCACUAACCAGAACUUUAACAAAUCGGCGAUAUUAAUCAAGUCUCUGAAGGAUGUUCUCCUCACAAACCCACUUAGAGGAAUUGCCCAGCAGAGAUGUAAUACUCUCAGGGACACCAUCCACAGGACUGAAGACUUUCGGGAGGAAAUGAAGCAAGACCCUGGACUGGUGCGGGUGGGGGAUAUUGGACCCUUAUCCUGGGGAGAAGAGAGGCUCCUAGCCUUACUUGCGGCUGCAUCAUUUCUGGCUGGCGAAGCAGAGGGGGGUCAGUCCCAUAAUUUGUUCCGCCCUUCUAGGGCAUACUCCCUCCCCCUUUUCAAAGAAGAGGAGCGAGUCAACCUCCAUCGCCAGGCAGCUGUAAUAGGAGGAGGAGGAGCCACUUUUCGACCUCCUUCCAGCCCUCGGGCUCCUUGUUCCCUCUCCCACCACUUCUGCCAUUGCUUUUGCUUGGAAAGUCUGAGGGGCGUAUUCUUUUCGUGGAACACCUUAGACACCUGUACCGCAGAGCCACAAAACCAAGAGGAGGGUCGACGACCCUCGACAACGAUGAGGUUCUUCCAGCGCCGAUACGUCAAAAUGUCGAGUACUUCCAAAAAAUACUUACGGGAUAUUGUCACCUGCAGGAUUAUAUCCCCGGUAGCAAUGCUUGUUUUACUUCUCACUGCCAUAACUUCCUCCACCUGCCCAUGA